AUGUGGACAUUUCUGGGUAUUGCCUCCUUCAUCUACGUGUAUAAAAAGUGUGGAGACCUCAUGACUUACGCUAACAAGGAGGUGCUGCUCUCCAUGCUGGUGUUUUUCUCCCUCGGCUUGUUGCUGUCGUACAGGUACCACUUCAGGGGGCCCAAGCAGCAGCAGCAGAAGACCCAUCGGGGGGUGCUCUCAGGUGUUCUCUCAGCUUUACCACUUGUUGGCUUCUUCUGGGCCAAACCCACCCCAGGAUCUCAACAGGUUGAAAACCCCAAAUCCAGAAAGGGUAAAAAAGAAGUAAACUUCUCAGAGGUACAUCUGACAGAAACAGCUCCAAAUGCUACGUUAUCACUUCAACAUGAUCCAGAAAUCAUCAUUGUGGGAUCAGGUGUCCUUGGUUCUUCCUUGGCCACGGUCCUCUCGAGGGAUGGAAGAAAGGUGACUGUGAUAGAGAGGGAUCUGAAAGAACCUGACAGGAUAGUUGGAGAACUGUUGCAACCUGGAGGUUUCAAAGCACUUAAAGACUUGGGUCUUGAAGAUACAGUAGAAGGUAUUGAUUCACAAAUAGUAAAUGGUUACAUAAUUCAUGACAUAGAGAGCAAGUCAGAGGUUGAAAUUCCUUAUCCAACAUCUGGGGAUGGGCACGUGGCAAGUGGAAGAUCUUUUCAUCAUGGCCAGUUCAUCAUGGGUCUCCGAAGGGCAGCGAUGGCAGAGCCCAAUGCAAAAUUCAUUGAGGGGACUGUGUUAGAAUUGCUUGAAGAAGAUGACUGUGUCAUGGGUGUUCGCUACAAGGACAAAGAAACUGGAGACACUAAGGAACUUCAUGCACCUCUUACUGUUGUAGCUGAUGGACUCUUCUCCAAGUUCAGAAAAAACUUGGUCUCUAACAAAGUUGUCAUUUCAUCCCAUUUUGUUGGUUGCAUUUUGAAGGAUGCACCACAGUUUAAAGCUAAUCAUGCUGAACUUGUUUUAGCUAAAACCAGUCCAGUGCUAAUCUAUCAGAUUUCUUCAACUGAGACUCGGGUCCUUGUUGAUAUUCGAGGGAAAAUGCCAAAAAAUUUAAAAGAAUACAUGAUUGAGAACAUUCAUCCACAACUACCUGAUCACUUAAAGGAACCGUUCCUAGUAGCAGUUCUGAACGAUCGGUUAAGGACUAUGCCAGCCAGCUUCUUGCCUCCUUCAGCUGUUAACAAAAAAGGUGUUCUUCUUUUAGGGGAUGCAUAUAAUAUAAGACACCCUCUAACUGGUGGAGGAAUGAGUGUUAUUUUAAACGAUGUUAAAAUAUGGCGAAGUUUACUCCAGGAUAUUCCAGACCUUUAUGAAGAUUCUGAUAUUCUUAAGGCAAAAAUAACUUUUUACUGGUCAAGGAAAAAAUCACAUUCUUUUGUCGUGAAUGUUCUUGCUCAGGCACUUUAUGAGCUGUUUGCUGCCACAGAUGAUUCCUUGCAUCAGCUAAAGAAAGCCUGUUUCCAUUACUUCAGACUUGGUGGAGAAUGUGUCUCUGGACCUGUUGGAUUGCUCUCAGUGUUAUCUCCUAAACCAAUGGUACUGAUUGGCCACUUCUUUGCUGUGGCAUUAUAUGCUGUUUACUUUUGCUUUAAGUCAGAGUCCUGGAUGACCAUGCCUCGAGCAUUUUUCAGCAGUGGAGCUGUUCUUUACCGGAGUUGUUCUAUAAUAUUUCCACUUAUUUACUCUGAAAUGAAGUAUUUGGUCUAUUAAAAUCCAGGGGGAAAAUGUUCGGAAGAAGAAAACAUAAAUAUCACAAUGCCUUCAAAAUCUUUGGACAUGUGCUAUUUAUUGUGUUAUGUUUUCUGCUCUUCAAAAUGCAAUUUCCUUGUUAAGGAUUUGACUUAAUUUUGGUUUUGUGGUUAUAUGCAUAUAUAUAUAUAUGAUAUGUAAAUAUUCUUUUCUUUGCAAUUAAAGUUUAAAAAAGGAUUUAGCUGUUUACAAGGACCUUAAUUAAGUGUUGAUAUGUGAUAGGUAAUUGCCAGUUUUGUCACUUUCAUUCCUUGCUUUAUCCAUUGCUGAGUGCACCACUAAUAUUAAUAAACAGAGAAGUGAAAACUGUAAACCA